GCAGGAUGGAAAGGAGAUUGUAGAAGAGCCGCCUGAAGCAGAAAUUAUUGAUACCGAGGAUCAAGAUGGCCACGACAUGCAACACUUCCGGACGAAAGCUCUCUCCCAAAUCCAAAGCGGCCAGGAAAGCAGCGACGAGCAAUAUGCCAAAAACCGUGUCCAAUACUUGCUGGGGUGUGAUCUUGGUCAUCGAGAGGUUGAAUCUGGAAAUCCAACCCUACACUGGACCUCCGCAUGCUCCUGGGCGGUUGUUCGUCAAGCCUCUCGGGACUGUCGAGCUGGAGUUCAUCAUGAUGGGACCUCGCAAGCCUCGUCGGGCAAAGGCCACGUUCCUCGUGGUAAAGGAUAUCCACUACGAUCUGGUUAUAGGGAGGCAGUCCAUGAGAGAGCUCCAGCUCUAUCGAGCCGACCCGAUGAUUGCGGAGUGGUAUCGAUUUCUCCAGGGUUUGACCCCCCCAGAGGCGUUGUGCUCGAAGUACCGAAAAUAUUGGCGUCAGCGUGAAUCCACUCCAGACAACGCGAAGUACCGAAGUCAAUGGCCCAGAUUCCGGGACUGA